AAAAACCUGUCCUCCCUCUCUCUCAGUCAGUGAUUUUUGUAGCUGGGAUUGUUGGGAAUUCGGUUCCUCAUAUUCAACCACUCGCAUCUGGUCACCAACAUAAACACUGUCGAAUAAUGGCGGUCGAGUGCAAUAAAGUGUCUUGCGACGCUCAAUGGCCUAUCUUUUAAUAAUUUUAUCGUUCAAAAAAUGGCCCACCAAUUUGCCACAUCCACCAGUGAAAUGAAUCAGCUUGACUAGUGUAUGCUAUCAAUAUUCCAGUGAAAAAUGAGUGAACGAAAAUUCACCCGCGCCCUGGGCAAACCCGGCAUGGCCGCACAACUUCGAGAAACUGUAUCCCAAGUUGUGCGCGAAAGUACAGUUCAGAAUAAGCCGCGCCUAGUGGAUCCCGUAGACUUUGAGAAUUUUGUUUUGAAAAACCGAACACUUUUGCAAAACGAUCCCCAACGUGAACUGCUGCUCUACCCACAGGAUGAUGUAUCCCAAGUGGAAUUGCCCAGGAAAUCCAGAACAGUGCAACUUGUAGCUCAGAAUAUUCUAGACGAGAUUGACGGUACUGAGUACCUGUUCACGAAAGAAUGCCUCAAAAGUUAUGCGUCAAACUGGAACGUGAUCCACUACAAAUACGCCGGCUACAGCGGCACGUACCAGGAAUUACCUAAAUCAUCUCCAAAGUCGGACGAGUUGAAGGAUGAGAUCUACGAGAUUGAUACAGAGGUGGAUCAAGUCGAUGAAGACAUGAUAAAAAAUGACGGCAUCACCAAAGAGGGAUAUCUGAUGAAAGGACCGGAAAUAGGCCUCGAGAAGAGCGACAGAAUGUUCGCAAAUAUCGGUUCCAAAUCAUUCAAAAGACGAUUUUGCAAUCUUCAUCAGGAAGUGGACGGAACUUACAUCCUGGAGCUAUUCAAAGACGAGAAGAAAAACGAGGCCAAGUUGACGAUCGUCAUGGAUUUCUGCACCGACGUUGUGAGAAAUUCCAAACGCGGAAGAUACUGUUUCGAAUUAAAAAUGAGUGGAACUGAAAAAUCGUAUACAUUUGCAGCAGACAAUGAGACAGAAAUGCAGGAUUGGUUAUUGAAAUUAACGUCUGUGCUGCAGCAUUACAAACAACAGGAGGAAAAACGUAAUUCCUCGUUGGAGCGUGCAGGUCACGUGACCCCACCCUUGAAUCCACCGUCCUCUCAAUGUGUGCCGAUGUACGGUACCCUAAAAGGUCUGGAUCAGAGUAUGAAUCCACAGUUGAUCAAGUAUUCCAGAGAGACUGACACGAGCAUUCUUCUUGCAAGGAGAGAGAACAGAAAACGAUUGUUCAAUCUUUACACAAGUGCCAACAAUAGUAACAUUCAUCACCACUUGGGGGGCAAGACCUCAUCGCCUUCGUCUGGAUUACCGACGCUAUCCGACAGUAACAGAAGUAUCAAUCCCUACGAGGAGCACUUUGGCCAAAGAAUAUUCAUAAAAUGUGAGGCAUUGAAAUUCCGACUGCAAGCACCAAUCGACGAUAACGAAACAUUGUGUCAGGUCGAGCCGUAUCAGACUAGUCUGUCAUUAUUUGAUGCUCGACAAGGUCGAAAGUUAUCAGAGAAUUUUUACUUCGACGUCAACAACGACAUCGUUCGCCACCUCAUGGAGGAAUCCAGUCCGAUCGAUUUUAAAAGUCAUGAAAAUACAAAUGAUUCAAUUCAAUCGAAAGGGGAAAAAAAUAAUUGCACCUUUGAUGGAUUUAGUAGAAAAAUUCCUGACAAAUGGCUGAAAUACGUAAACCAGGCUAUCUUCAGUAUUAGCAACCCCCACCCAGACAUAUUUCUCGUCGUGAGAAUCGAGAAAGUCCUCCAGGGAAGCAUCUGUCAGACAUCGGAGCCCUAUAUAAGAGCAACCAAAGACCCUCGUCUGGGCCUGAAGAUCCACAAAAACGUAAAGGCUUGCUACCACAGACUGGGGAAUUAUCGAAUGCCGUUUGCCUGGUCUGCACGCCCGCUCUUUCGGCUGUACAGUAAUGAGCUCGACACAUCCUCCGAUUUUCCAGCAAUCUAUCGACAGGAAAUAAACAGGAUGCGCGAUGAUGAUAUCAUUAAAUUAUUAUCUGAAUACAGGAAACCCGAGAAAAUGAGUAAAUUGACUGUGAUACCCGGUUGGCUGAAACUCCACAUCAAACCAAUCACUGAGAUUCCAGAUAAUACAUUGACAACAUCACUGGAGCCCCUUCGGCCCUUUCCAAUCCCUCCAACUGCCCCUCCAACACUUGAAAUCUCAGAAUUUGAGAGCCCAUCGGAGAGAGAUGUUCUUCAUCCUUACACGAGUUAUAUUAAUAAUCUCUAUGUGUAUCCUCAGAGCUUGAAUUUUGAUACCCAGAAAUUUUUUAAUCGAGCCAGGAACAUAGCUUGUGUGGUGGAGCUCAGAGAUGACGACCAACUCGAUGAGGUCGGUGGAAAGCCCCUCAGGUGUAUUUAUAACAAAUCUAAUUCAAUAACAUUAUCAACGAGAGGAAGCUGUCCAGUGUUACAUCACAGUGUGACCCCCUCCUGGUACGAAGAGAUAAAAAUUAAACUGCCAACAAAACUCCACGCCAAGCAUCACCUCCUCUUCUCAUUUUACCACAUAAGCUGCGAUAUGAAUAAAAAAAGGGAGAAUGGCGUUGAGAAUUGCGUCGGCUACUCGUGGAUAAAUUUAUUGAACAAGGGAAAGCUUCUCGUGGAUAUGGAGGCAAAUAUGCAUGUAUUACCAGUGGCAACUCAUUUGCCAUCGGGUUAUCUUUCGAUAGAGCCUCUAGGUCUGGGUCAGGGUAAUGCUGGGCCCGACGUCAUCUGGAUCGACGCCCAGAGGCCGAUCUUCACCGUCUCAUUUCACCUGACGUCAACGGUUUUCACGCGAGAUCUUCACUUGCAUAAUUUUUUCGUUCACGCUGAAAAAAUUCUCGACAGGCGAAUCUCCACAAUUCUCCCGUCAGACUCCGAGACCUGCAAAAUAUUGAAAGCAGCGCAUGCCAUUCAGCUUGUUACUGCGAUAACAUUCCUACCAACGAUACUCAAUCAAUUAUUUGCAUUAUUGAUUUGUGAUCUUACGGAGGAAGUUUGCCUCUGUGUUAUCAGGCUCCUCAUUCAUAUCAUCAAUUCACUGCACGAGGCUGAAAGGAGAGACAUCCUUCAAGCUUAUGUAAAGUUUGUAUUUGUUGCACCGUCCAGUGGUACGAGCUCACCGUCUAACAGCAGUUGCACCGUUCACGAACAACUCGCUAAAUAUCUUCCAACUCUCCUCCAACCCAGCAACACUGACUUUCUCAUUGUCAAUAAAUUCAUGCACCACUCGAGCUUCUUCUUCGAAAUUAUGGUGAAGAGCAUGGCACAGUACAUGCUCACUACUGGAAGAAUCAAGAUGCAUCGCAAUGAACGAUUCUCACACGAUUAUUACAAAGCGAUUAAAACAUUAUUGGAAGUAAUUAUGCCUUAUUUGAUGAUUAAGUACAAAGAGAUGCCGACGGAGACACACGAACUCAAUAAAAGUCUCGCCCAAUUUUUCAAGAAAUGCCUUACUUUCAUGGACAGAGGCUUUGUAUUUACUCUUAUCAACCAGUACAUGAGCCAUUUCUCACCGGGGGAUUCAAGAACACUGCAGGACUACAAAUUUAUUUUUUUACAAAUCAUAUGCUCACACGAGCAUUACAUCUCUUUCAAUUUGCCAAUGAUGCAGACCAGAGUCACGACUAAAGAAUUGGAAACUGAUGAUUUAUUACUUGAGUACUGCCUGUCCCAAGAAUUUUGCAAGCAUCACUUCCUGGUUGGUUUACUCCUGCAAGAAGUGAAAUCCUCUCUAAACGAAAUCGUCCAAAUAAGAAAAAUUGCAAUAGCCACACUUCGAGAUUUAUUAGCAAAACACGAAUUGGACGACAGAUACGAGAACAAAGGCCAAAUGAGUCGGAUAGCAGCGAUUUACAUACCGUGGUUGGGGGUAGUUCUUGAGAAUUUGAACCGACUCGAAACUUCCUAUGAGACUGACGAUAAAAAUAGUAAAAUUGAACUAUUGGAGAAUCGGGCUAGUGACACUCUCUCGAGUCAUAUGCCACUGAGCAAUUCAUUCUUCAAUAAUAAUAAAGAUAAGGAUCAAAUAAAUUCAAGCAAUGAAACCCCAAAAUCCGUGCACAGAUUGACUCUCCAUUUGGAUGCAGCCUCUCCAAAAAGGGCGUCGAUACAUUUACGCGAUUCGACGUAUUUUGCAGCAAUAGCAGGACAGAGUCUUGCCAAUGGAUUCUCAUGCACUAGUAUAGAGUCCACAGCCUCGACAUUAUCGAAUGCCUCUCAUUCCCACGUAUCCCAAGAAACCACAAUCGCUUGUGAAUCGAUGACAACCCACGAGAGCGAUGCAACGAAUGACAAUCGUAAAGGACAUUUACGAUCAUUGAGCGUAACCCAGACAUCGCCGAGAUGCGAUAAAUUGCAAUCCUCAGAAAUGAAAGACCUACUCAUCUGCUUUCUAUUCGUUAUGAAAUAUCUGGGAGAUCAUCAGGUGAUUGCCUGGUGGCAGCAGUGCUCUGAUAACGAAAUCAUAAGUUUCUUUACAGUCAUUGAAAUGAGUCUCCAUCACUUCAAGUACACAGGGAAGAGGCAGAUCAUUUCAAAAAUCAAUGCAUCCACUCAAAAUUCAAAGCCUAAAACAGUAAAGGCCAUGACACUGCCAGCUAGAAUAGCGCCACCAAAUUUUUCAACAGAUAAUUCAGCAACUGGGACACUCCAGCCUCACAAUAUUCCAUCAUCAACGAGGGAUAAUUUAAUCGACGAAGAGGAGAACGGAAAAUUUCAGGCUGCACUCCUCGAGGCAAACAUGUCCAGUGAAAUUGGCCUGAUUGUUCUCGACUGUCUGGGAUUAUUCUGCAUUCAUUUUAAAGAAGUACUGCUUGCCAACGACGGCGAUAACAGCAUAAUGCAUAAAUUAUUCUGCAUUUAUCUGAAAUUCCUGGAGAUUGGACAAUCCGAGAGUCUCUCUCGUCACGUAUUCGCGAGCUUUCGAGCAUUUUUGAAUAAUUAUUCCAUGGCGUUAUUCAAGGGUAACGCAGUAUUAUGUGGACGUCUCUGUUAUCAUUUACUCAGAUGUUGCAACAGUAAACUCAGUUCGAUAAGACAAGAGUCGUGUGCAUUACUCUAUCUUCUAAUGAGAAGUAAUUUUGAGUACACGAACAGAAAGGGAUUGACAAGAGUGCACCUUCAGGUGAUAAUAUCAGUUUCACAGAUGCUCGGUAGUGUUAUCGGUCUCAACAACUCGAGAUUUCAGGAGUCAUUGUCUCUGAUAAACAGCUAUGCUUCCUCCGAUAAGGCGAUGAAAGGAACAGGAUUUCCAGUUGAAGUCAAAGAUUUGGUGAAGAGAAUUCGCACUGUUUUGAUGGCGACAGCGCAAAUGCGAGAGCACAAUGACAAUCCGGAGAUGCUGGUGGACCUGCAGCACAGUCUGGCAAAUUCCUACGCUAGUACACCAGAACUGAGACACACGUGGCUGGAAACAAUGGCGAGGAAUCACCUGAGAAAUGGCAAUUACUCAGAAGCUGCGUGCUGUCAGCUGCACAUUGCUGCACUGAUAGCCGAAUACUUGAAGCUGAAAAAUAUUCAUAACUGGGGUGGCGAGGCCUUCGACCAGAUAUCGAUAAAUAUCAGUAAAGACGAGAGAGGAUUGAAGCUAGAUGCUGGAGUCCAGGAUGUUCACUACAACAGUAUGAUCCUCCUGGAGCAGCUGGAGAAAUGCGCAGAAAUUCUGGAGAAGGCUGAACGUUUUGAAUUGCUGGGACCACUAUACCGACUCAUUAUUCCCAUUCUCGAGGGCAAACGGGACUACAAUGCCCUGGCAACUUGCUACUCUCAUUUAUCUCAAGCCUGCAACAAAAUCGUUGAAGUCACGAGAACUGGUAAAAGACUACUCGGGCGAUUCUACAGGGUUGCAUUCUUCGGUUCUGCUUACUUCGAGGAAGAGAAUGCCCAGGAGUACAUCUACAAGGAGCCUAAAGUAACUUCACUGUCUGAAAUAUCAGAACGCCUCAAUCGAAUGUACGCCGAUAAAUUCGGCCUAGAAAAUGUGAAGAUGAUUAUGGAUUCAGGGCCGAUUGAUCAAUCCCUACUCGAUCCUAAAAUAGCUUACAUACAGGUCACCCAUGUGACUCCUUACUUCGAGAGUACAGAAAAUGAGACGCGAGUCACAGAAUUCGAGCACAAUCAUGAUGUUUCGAGUUUUAUGUUUGAGACACCCUUCACCAGAGAAGGAAAACCUCACGGUGAUCCGGAGGACCAGUGGAAGAGGAGAACAACUUUGUACACAGAAUAUGCAUUCCCUUAUAUUAAAAAACGUAUAUGUAUUAUUGAGAAAAAAGUUAUUGAACUGACACCGAUAGAAGUAGCGCUCGACGAGAUGAGGCAGAGGGUACAGGAGCUUCAGGAUGUCUCUCUAGUCCUUCCAACUGAUAUUAAAAAAUUACAAUUACGACUUCAAGGGAGUGUGUGUGUUACUGUCAAUGCUGGACCACUGGCCUAUGCAUCGGCCUUUCUAGAUCCUGCAUUAUCACCGCAGUAUCCCGACGACAAAGUUGAACAGCUUAGGGACGUCUUCAGGGAUUUUAUCAAAAUCUGCUACACAGCGCUCCAGAUAAAUAGUAAAUUAAUCACCAGCGAUCAGCAGGAGUAUCAACAAGUUUUGAGAGAGAAUUAUCAAAAGCUCUGUGAAAACUUGUCGCCGUUGCUCGGUGAAUCCAUAUGGCCUGGGGAUUUACUUGACAGUUACAAGAGAAAUAGUUCAGCGCUAUUCAGUGCUAUCAGUGGAGCUAAUAAUAAUCCAGCGAAAGGUAUUGUCUCGAAGAAUUAAUUUUUAAUGAACGCUUUCUGCCCUCGUCGAGUGACGAGUUUUAUAUACAUUUAUAUGUACAUAGUAAUGGAAAUUUCAUUGGAUUAUUUUGUAGUUAGACGGAAAAAAAUACAAAAUCGUUUUAUAUCCAGUAACAAACUGAUUCUUUCAGUAUCGUAUUUACUGUUAAUUAAUUAGGACAAUAUUUUAUAAUCUCAUGGACAUUUUUUAACGAAUUGUAUACGCACAUGAGCGAUUGGUAUUUUAGACGGUGAUAUGUAUAUAAUCACGAUUGAUAUGAAAUUUUCUUUCGACAAAUUGAAGCGUAAUGAGAGGAAUUAAUAAAUCUACGAUGAAAAUUAUUCCAUGACAGCGCAAUAACCUUUAAAUGAGCAUUAUAAUAUAUCAGCACCUAUUUAUUGUAUUUUUUUGCAAUAUUCGGCUUCUGAUUGUUGAAAAAUAUGUCAAUAGAUGUACCUUGAAUUCAACGUAUUGAACUAUUCGCAUUGGAUAAUUCCAAUUGAGUAAAAAAUACUAACGAUACGUCCAGUACUGAUUCGAAA